UAGAGAAAUGAAUUCUAACAGAAUAAAAACUCAAUUUUAAUAGACUGCGUCAGAAAAAAUGUGUUAACUCUAAAUUUGUUGAUCCCUAUAAAUAGUAAAAAUAAAAAUCAAAAAAAAAAGGAAAUUAUAUACACGCAUUCAUUAUAUCGAAUACCAUGUAAUAAAACACAACAAAAGAGAAAGAAAAAAAGAAAAGAAACAGGAAAAAUUUAAAGAAAAAAAAACUACCGAUAUUUACGCGUGUGUAAAACAUGUCAGGCAGGUGUUAUAACCACCGACAAACACAGUGUACACAGGGUAUAUUUUUAGACUUAUAUAAAGUGUAUUGCCUCUUCAAAGCAGAGUUCAAUUUCACGGGCGUUGUGUUCCAAUAUCAACAUCGUUAGAUACUCCAAGGAGAAUAUGACGCGUGUUUUGGGUCUGAAAGUUGUCCACCUAAUCAUGGAAUCCGAAGUCAACGACGCAGUCGAACUUUCUCUUCGAAUAAAUUUUACAACAAAUAAUCCAAAUUCGUGAGGACAUUAUCCAAGAGCCUACACAUCGACGGUACAAAAAUUCUCCUUUUUGAAAAGUACAGAGUUUCACUAGCGAGAGGAAAUAAAAAAUGAUCGUGUAAAAUAGCGACGAUUCGCUGGAAUGUUUAAUCGAAGAGAUUUGAAAAACUUUUAAAUUCAAGAUCAGGCAAAGUUCGGACGGUGCGAUUAUCACGAUUAAAAAAAUGAAUUGUUCGUAUGUCUGGGGCGACGACGCCGAUUGGGGGCCGAGGUACUUUUUCACCUACUACAGCCAAUUUGGCGAACGAAAUGGAGCGUGCGGCGUAGAGGUGGUCGUGCUCGCGGUGACUUUCGUUAUCGCCGUUGGUGCAAAUUUGGGAAUUGCAGCGUGCAUUUUGCGAUACAAAGAGAUGCGAACCCCGACAAAUUUAUGUCUGGUCAACCUGGCUGCUGCCGAUCUUCUGUUCGCCCUUGGAGUACCGGCCGUUGCUUACACGAGACUCACGCAAACGUGGAAAUUAGGAGAGAUCAUUUGCAGGCUACUUCCCUACUCGCAGUUCGUCUGCGGUUUUGUGCUACUUUGGACUUUGACUUUGAUAUCGAUGGACAGACACAGAUGCUUAGCCAUAGCUCCUUACAGGAGCGCGCUUACCGGCCGAAGAGUCCUUGCCGCGGCUUUGAUAACCUGGUUAAUUGGAGCCUCGUUAUUUUUACCAGCAGCCUUCUGGUUCAGACCCAAGAAUGUAAACGGCGACGUUAUUUGCACUCUGAUAUUUCCGAGGAGCGACACCGUCAACGUUUCUCUAUUUUUCACCAUACCGAUAAUAGUAUUCGCCUGUCUGUUGCCGAUGGGGCUUCUGGUCUAUCAUUAUCAACGGAUAUUUCAGAGGAUAUUGGACACGCGGAGCAGAUGGGCUGUGCCCUGUGUCGCGCAGGGCGUCGAAGGAGGAGCCGGAAACUUACGCCGAGAUUCCGAACUAUCGGUAGUCGGUACAUUGAUGCCUUGGGCAGGACGAAAACUCUCAACCGUGUCGAUACCGGGUCGUCAAGGUCGGGCCGGUAGUUUGUCCCACCACGAAGAAAUCCGCUUGAACAAGCACCUCCGAGUCGUUAGAAUUUUGCUUCUUAACGUGGUGGCGGUGUUAAUGAUGUGGCUGCCGAUCACGAUCGUCAUGUUUUUAAUCUACAUCGACGGUCGUCGCCCGAACGAGGAUACGAACUUUUUUCUAAAGUCCCACCACUUCGUGUGGGCGCUGGUGGUCGCCCAAUUGAACACCGUCGUCAAUCCCCUACUUUACGGUUUAUUUUCUGAAAACUUUCGAGCGUGUUUCGCGAAACUGUGGGGUGGUGGAAAAAGCCGGGAUCCCAAUGGGAGCGGGGAAAAAAUGAGCGGCGGAAAUCAAGGGGCCAGAAAAGGCGGCCGCUCCCUGGAAGCGCUGCAGGGCAGACUGGGCCCUAGAACUCCUAGCAGUCUUCGCACCGGUCCGUGCAGACCGCCCAAGAAAAGUUCGAGCUGCAGCAUCGGAAGCAUCAUCGAGGUACCGAGUUCGGAAAAAUUAUAGCAAGCGCAAGUUUCCUCGGAACUAGUCGGAUGCGAAGUGCAUGCCAAUGGCAAAACUUGAUGAGCUGAUAACGCAAUGUUUGGUUUCAGUUUUUUUGUGGACUUAAAGGACAGUGCUCUUAACGUUCAACUUAUAUUUAAAAUCACUUAUUGAGACUUUUAAACUUAAUAUUUUUUUAUCAUGAAUAACAACGAGUAUUAAAUGUAUACUUAACAGUUAUAUAUGUAUGAUAUAGAUAUAUUGUACACAUUAUACCGGGUGACCAAAUACUAUAGCGGUAAAUAUUUUCGUCGUCGAAUGUAUGGCGUAAUUAUAGGAAUUUUGUAAAUAUGCAAAAUCAGUGAGGAAUUAAUUAAUACAUUUUAUACCGA